AAACAGCUGAUUGGGGGCGAUAGACGAUUGUCGAUAAGCUGACGCACCGAUAGACAAUUGGCUGGGAAAAUCCAUUCAACCGGGGUGAAAACGAAUCCGUUUGUGAAAGUCACAAAAUAGGAGCAAUCGCCCAGGCGGAGCACAUAAUCCCAAAGAUCGGGCGAGGGAGUGGCAGUGGAGGAGUAGCGGCACUCAUUCUAUUUAGGUUUUGUGCUGAAUGUCCUACUGGCGUUGGUUGUGGUUGGCCCUCAAGAUGAUUUACCAGCUGCUGUGCUGCUCAGUGAGCCUAAUCCUCUUCUGCUUCAACGUAUUCUGGCUGUUCUGCAACCUGGCCAUACCGUGGUGUACCCUCACCCUGCUCAUCGUCUGCAUCGCUUCCAAGUUCGUGAAGCUGCAGCGCAGUCCCAACGAGAAGCGUCUGCUCAGCCUGCUGAGCACGCCGGAGGAUCGGCCCAGCUAUUGGGCCAUCGCCAACCGGGCGGCCGGCUUUGAUGCGCCCGAAAACUCCAAGGCAGCCAUUAAAAAGUGCCUCGCACGUGGCUAUCGGAACGUGCUUCUGGAUGCCGGCCUCACGUCCUGCGGCGAAAUAGUCUUGGCCAACCCCAAACGCCUGAAUGUGGCCCAACAGUCGCUGGACGAGUUGCAAAAGCUAAACAUCACGGAACACCAUCCGAUGGGGUCGCAGUACGAGCCGGAAUCGAUGGCCUCACUCAGACAGUUCGCCGAGUUCCUGGACGCGGAGGCUGACCAGGCCACGGUUUUUCUGCGCCUGCACGACACCAGCGCCCGGAUGCUCGACCAGCUGCAGAAGUUUAUGACCACCGACGAGGCGUUCACCCAGCGCACAGUUGUCAUCAGUAGCUCACCACUUGCUAUUUACCAGCUGCGAAAGCUGAAGCCAGAAAUCAUUUGCGGCCUUUGGCACGAGACCUUCUUGUCACUGGCUAUCCUCAAGUCCUCUACACUUGUUACUUCAAUCUACGGUGCUAUUUUGCGCAACAUUAUUGCCCCCGUAAUCGGAAUAAGCGUGGUCUUUCUAAGUAAAGAAGAGAUAAACUUGCACAUUGCCGAUCUGUGGCGCAACGUGGGUGUCCGUCCAAUAGUCUACAUGGUGAAUUCACCUAACGAGAAGCGAUACUUUCAAAAGACUAUGAAGAUCCAGUAUCUAACCGAUUCACUGCGGUCCGAGCCGCAUCUUCUUAUGAAGGCCUAAGAGGAUCUUGGGGAUUUGAACGAACGAAAACAACAAACAAACGAAGAUCGACGCACAUACACUUACACAAAACUGUUUGCAUUUAGCUGGCAGAGCUUAGUCUUUAAGAAGAACUUAUGUACGCAUGUGUUUUGUAGAAGCCUUAGAAAGUAUUAUUCCCAGUUUACCAGCACCAGUGAGAUUGAAAGUAUGAUUUAGUUAAGUUCUGUGCUUUGCUUAAGUUAAGCAUUUCGUUUAAUAUUGACGUCCCGAUUUAUUUAUUUUGUUAUUUAUGGAUUUAUUUUGCUUUAUUUUAAACGAACACUUGUUCUCAAAUUUUGUAUAGGCUUUACGCGAUGUACAAUAUUUCUACUCAUGUACUCUGCACACCAUCAUAUGCCCUAUAUGGCGUAUGAUUUUUGGAUGUGCUAUUUAGGUAUACAUACACCCAGCUUUUAUAUUAUUCCCCUUGUUACCCAGAUCCCAAAGGUAAUCAAAAUCCUAAACAAAAAUGUUUACCAACAUAAGAUAUAUGUGUCUAUACCAAAAACCAGUUUAAAUGAAAACUACUUUUUAUUAUGAUGAUAAUAGCAAAUAAAGAUGAUUGCAACGAUUGAUUUAAGUCCA